AGAGGGUUUGCCGUGAUCUGGACUGAGGCGGAUGAGACCAGAAACCUUUGUUCCGUCUUCCCUCUGAAAAACGGUUUGCAGAAACCAGAGCCGUCCAAUGCCUCCUACCGAGCCGUGCUCACGAUUCAUGCAUGAGAAUGUUUUAUUAAUUAAAAAUUAGAUCAAAUCAUUCAUUAGGCUUCCUCUGUUUUUAUCACUCAUCGCUACUAGCCGACGGGGACAUCUGGACGUUUUUUUCCCUGUUAGCUACUAAAUGGAAAUAAACCACAGGACUGAAAGUGGAAGCAGCCGAGGUAAUGACCUUCCAGUCCACUACUAUCGCCUCCUGGCCCCGCCCCUGCAGCUUCUAUCAGCUGCAGUGUGGCAGGUCGUGCAGCAGGGACUCGUGGACCACUAUGGGAUGCUGGAGGAGUUUGUCACCAUGGUGACAGAGCUGGUCCCAGAGCUGAUGAACUACAGUCAGAGAGCUCAGCUCAUCCUGGGACUCAGAGCCAGGCUUGUUCUGGAGAUGUGUCGAGGCGAGCACCCAGCUGACAUGCAGACCAUUCAGCCACAUCUGGACAGAAUUAAAGCUCCUGUCAGCUCUGCCAAAGAUCACCAUGUGACCAUCAACCAGGUGGAGGAAUCUGAGGUGAACUUUGUGGAGUUGGUGCAUUCAUUACUGGAGGAUCCCUCUGAGAGAAAGUAUUUUUUCCAGGAAAUCUUCCCCUUGUACUUUGGCCCAAAGUAUGACGAGGCCCUCGAAAUGCUGGUGUGGGAGUUUAUAUCACGACUGGAGGAGCUGCUGCCGGUUCCUGACUUCACACAGUUGGCAGCUUUACUCAGAGAUGCUCCAUCAUUCCUUGAUGACUGUUUACAAUCCUUUUUCCCGCCGGAGGACAUGAAGGCAGUACUCAAACACCACAGAAACCUCGGCCAUUUUGAAGAAAAGGAUCCUCGAUUAUUACCCAUGGAUGACUGCAUCCUCUCCUCCCUGUCUCUGCCUCCGGGGACCAAAGCUGCCAUAAAGAAUACCUCCUGCACACCUGCGUUCAAAGACUCAAACCCUCCAGAGCACCAGGGACGUCUCACUGCUCCCUUCAGCACGAGCAGCCUGGAGAGGGCGAGCAGGACGAGUGAAGGACCUAAGGAGACGAGAGUCCUGGGUUCUCAGGAGAGGAACGCACAGAGCUCAUUUAGCACACAGACAUGUGAUGAAACAAUAGACCUCACUGCAUCUAAUGAGACCGCCCACCCCGACUCUGCAGCUGGUGACAACAGCCAAAGCUUGAGAGGAGGGCGGGUUCUCAGGAAGAGGAAGCUGAGCGGAGGAGUGGACGUUCCAAACAGCAAACAGCCUCCAGAGGGCGCACAUUUUUUAAACUCGUCAGUGGAUGAUGUGAAUUCAGGUGAAUCUCCUCUGAUCUCCAUAUGGGGAGAAUAUACAGACUCUCAGGAAGGCCCCCUCCCAGUUAUCACAGACUCUAAAGUCCCCUGGUCAGAUGAGGAGACCCUCCACCUCAUCGACAUCUGGGGGAAAGACUCUGUGCAGCGGGCUCUGAAGGGCUGUCUGAAGAACCGUCACAUCUUCACACAGAUCGCACACAGGAUGUCAGAGAGAGGCUACAUGAGGUCGGUGGAGCAGUGUCAGACCAGGAUCAAACGUCUGAAGAAAAGCUUCAGACAGAACAACAGAGGGAGCUCCAGGAUCGAGUAUAAGUUUUACGAGCAGCUGCAGCACGUGCUCGGCUCUUCGGCUCCCUCAGCCGUUCCUGAGGUCACCUAUGACGUGGAAGAGGUCGUCGAUGAAGAGCAAGACGGAGACCAUGACUUACAGUUUGUCGGCCACACAAGCCGACUGGAAAUCGGGACUAGAAGUGUUCCUUGGACAGACUUGGAGACCUUGACCCUCAUCAACACGUGGGGUGAAGACAGGAUGCAGCAUGAGCUGAGAGGGAUCCACAGAACUGGACACAUUUUCUCCGUUAUAUCCGACAAGAUGGCCGCCCAGGGUUUCUCCCGAACACCAGAGCAGUGCCAAACACGUCUGAAGAGGCUGAGGUCGAGUUUCAGGCAGUGCUACCAAAACAAUAUGAAGGGACAGGAGCAAAUCGAGUGUAAGUUCUAUAACGAGCUGGGAAGAAUUUUAGUGAAGGAUUUCCUCUUAGCGCCACAAGAGGAGGAAACGCCUUCAGGAGAGCCCAAAGACAACGAUGUCCCGUCCUCCACCGGACCUGAUGCAGAGUCUGCUGUGGGAGUUCAGGAAGACAGGAAGAAAGUCCCCUGGUCGGACAAAGAGACCAUCAUCUUGCUGGAGUUAUGGGGAGACCAGCAGGUCCAGAAAAGCAUGAGACGCUACCCACACAACGGUCACAUUUUCACUGAAAUAUCACAGAAACUCAACGCUAACAGCUACUCCCGCAGCCCCGAUCAGUGCCACACCAGGAUCAAACGCUUGAAAGCAAACUAUCGGCAGUGUCGGGAAAACAUGAGCUCUUCUGGCUCUGACAGAGUGGACUUUAAAUUUUACGAUCUGCUGGAACAAAUCCUGGACAAGCAGCCGUCGACGUCCUCCACUAUAAUCACGGACUCCAUCGAGAUAUCAGAAGACUCCAACAGUGAAUCAGUGACUGAAACAGAUGGAGAAGUCAAAAUGUCUACAGACAAACCGGCGCCCAGCUCGUGGUCAGACGGGGAGACUCUGGCGCUGAUGGAGAUCUGGGGCGUAGAAGACGUUCAGACGGCGCUGAGGGGCUUCGUCCACAACGGACACGUUUACGCUGAGAUCUCUGAAAGAAUGCAGGAGCUCGGCUUCUUGAAAACCUCGGAGCAGUGCCGAUGGAAAGUCAAAUCUCUGAGGAACAACUUCAGACACUGCUACGACAGGAAGAAAAGUGGAAGAAGAGUGGAUUAUAGAUUCUACAACCAGCUGGAACAGAUCCUGGGACAUGAGGCAGUGUCUCUAGAUGAGUAUGAUGAGAGAGAUGAGCAGGCAGACCUGGAUCCAGAAUCCAGUGCAGACGGUGUCACCACAGCAUGGACGGAGCAGGAGACGGUCGCUCUGGUGGAGGUGUGGGCUACAGAUGAUGUGCAGCACAGCCUGAAAACCUGCGUGCGAAACGGGCACAUAUUCGCCGACAUAGCGGAGAGGAUGACCGCCACAGGAUACCUGAGAUCAGCUGAGCAGUGCCAAACUCGGAUCAAAAGAUUGAAGAAGGCGUACAGGCGCUUCUGCAACAGUCGGAGAAGUGGGCGGCCUGUUACUUUUCGAUACUUCCACCUUCUUGCUCCGGUGCUCGGUGAUGACUCUGUGCUCGCUGGUCGGGACAACACUGCUGCUGACUCAAACUCACAACCCGUGAUGGACAAGGAUCCUGACAUGUACGACCAGCCUUCACGAAGUCACCUCCUGUCCGACCUGAGCAGAAAGACGCCCUGGUCAGACCAGGAGACUCGCACCCUGCUGGGGAUCUGGGGUGAAGACCCGGUCCAGCUCACCCUGAGGGGCUGCCAGAAGAAUCGCCACGUGUUCGAGUACAUCUCUGAGAAGAUGUGUGAGCGAGGAUUUAUCCGGACGUCAGAGCAGUGCUACACCCGCAUCAAGCGCCUGAAACACGGCUUCCUGCAUGAAAAGGAAGAAUUUAAAUUCUUCAGUGAAAUGGAUGAAAUCUUCAGGAGUGAGCCACAAGCAGACAGCCAACUCGCUGACACGUCGAUCCCAGACGAGCCGGACGACUACCAAGUCGUUUCUAGUCAAAAGACAGGUAUACAGUGGAUGGCUGAAAGCUCGAAGCUGCCCUGGAGCGACGAGGAGACAGAGGCCCUUCUGGACGUCUGGGGGAGCGAGGAGAUCCAGGAGAACUUGAAGGGCUGCACCAAGAACAAACAUAUCUUCAUCCAGAUCUCUGAGGUCAUGACCAGCCAGGGCUACAUGCGCACUCCUGAACAGUGUCAGAGCAGGAUCAAGAGGCUGAGGGCCAAUUUCAGACAAUUCCUUGAAGGCAGAAAAGGGGACAAACAGGAAUGCAAAUUCUUUGACCAGAUGGUGCAGAUCUUUGGUAGCAAGUAUGUCACAACCAAUGACGGGCUGAUCGACGACACAGCAGAUGUUAUAGAGACCUGAACCAGAGGAGCCAGCAGCUGACCACAGAGACAUCCAGAAACAAAGAUGAAACAAGAUUAACCAAACGAGUACACUUGUGCUCAAAUGGUUAAAUAAAGACUGUGGUGUGCAGCAGUUUACAGCCGAGGGCCUGAAGAGGCUCACCAUAGUCUUACCUCUGUUUAAUGUAGACUUUAAAUACUUUUACUUUCUUCAUAGACACAGGCUAAAGGUGUGCGUGUGUGCGCGUGCGUGUGCGCGCGUGUGCGUGUGUGUGUGUGUGUGUGUGUGUGUGUGUGCGUGUGUGUUUUCAUCCCUCCACCAGAGUGUCUUUGUUAUUUAUAAAUGAUAGAGCCAUGACAUCAGGUAGCUCAGGGCUUGAGGGAUUAAAAUGAAAUCUCAAAAAGGAGGAAGCGCUCCUCAAGUACAACACAACGUUUCUACUUGUAUUUUAUUAUUUUAUACUUAGACUUAAAGUGAGGAGGGUUUGAAGCACAAGCAAAAACAAACUCACACAAGGCCUCUGUUGUGCUAACCACACCGUUCAGAUUCUCUACACUGGUUUGUCAUGUUUAUAUCUCAGUGUUAGAAGGUUCAACUUUGACUCUCUGUAUGAGUUGAUCUUGAAUAUUAUUUAUUUAAAUUAUUAUUUAUUGUCUAUUUAAUUUUUGCAAUUUACUUGAAAUAUGUUACACUUCAAUCUUUAUUAAAGCACAUUCUUUUGCGCACCCAUUAAAUCACCUUCAAAUGAUU